UGGGAGGUGCUUCUGGGGUGCUGAGUAACGGGUGCUGGAAACUCCGGGCCUCCGUUAAGAGAGGGGAAUUUCAGACCUUGCGGGUCGCCUCCGGCGUGUCUCGGUGGGUUGCGGCUGCCGGAGGGGAGCCAGGAGCCCAGGCAGCUCAGUCAUUAACAAAGCCAAGCUGAACGAGCAACCCACCACGGCUGGCUGUUUGUCCUUGUACUUCUAGUGAACUAACAAGAAGAUGGUUCAGGAUCUGAAGAGAAAGACAUUCAUUCUUCUUACUGUCCUCUGGCUGCUCAGCUCAGCACAAGCAGAGAAUACAGACAGACUCUCGGGACAUCACUGCACUGACUUCCAGACAGCAAAUCUCCUACGGGGCAGAAAACUUAGAGUCCAGUUUCUCCUGUUCACCUCCUCAAGCCCCAGCUGUGGGGAGUUGAUUUUAGCUGAUGAUGGCAUCAAGAAUGGCAGCUUCAACAGCAGCCUGGAAACCAAGAUCAUAAUACAUGGUUUCAGGGCUUUGGGUACCAAACCUUCCUGGAUUGAAGGGCUUGUCCAUGCCAUACUGCACACAAGCCAGGUGAACGUGAUCGCUGUAGACUGGGUUUAUGGAUCUACAGGAGCCUAUCCCUCUGCAGUGGAAAAUGUCACACAGCUGGCCCUCACCAUCUCACAAUUCAUCAGCAAGCUCCUGGCCCUGGGAGUCUCGGGGAGAUCCAUCCACAUCAUUGGGGUGAGCCUCGGUGCACAUGUCGGUGGCCUGGUGGGGCACUUUCAUGGCGGCCAGCUGGGAAGGAUAACAGGUCUGGAUCCCGCAGGCCCUAAGUACACCAGAGCCAGCCCUGAGGAACGCCUGGAUCCUGGGGAUGCACUCUUUGUGGAAGCCAUUCAUACUGAUGCUGACAACUUUGGGAUCCGAAUUCCUGUAGGCCACAUCGAUUAUUUUGUCAAUGGUGGCAAAGACCAGCCAGGAUGCCCCCGAUUCUUCUCUGCAGGCUAUAAGUAUCUGAUCUGUGAUCACAUGAGGGCAGUACAUCUCUACGUCAGUGCCUUGAAGCACUCCUGUCCCAUGGUGGCCUUCCCCUGUGCAAGUUAUCAAGACUUUUUAAAUGGCCAUUGCCUGGACUGUGUUGACCCCUUCCUUCUCUCCUGUCCCAGAAUAGGCCUGCUGGAGCAGGCAGGUAUGAACAUGAGAAAACUGCCCAAGGAAGAGAAAGUUUACUUAAUGACCAGUCCCUCAGCCCCUUUCUGUGUCCAUCACAGCCUGGUUGAGUUCCACUUGCAGGAGAAAAGAAAUGUAAUCACCAGCAUUGAGAUCACUUUCUGCAGCAACAGCACCAAGGACACAGCGAAGAUCACCAUACCUAAGCACCAGGAGAUGGGCAAACGGCUGCUAGCCCAUAGAGUUCCCCUCUGCCAGGUGAAGAGUGUGACACUGAAGUAUCUCCCCAAGAACCAGUUUUGGAGGAAGGAUGAGCCAUCCAUUGUUGGCAAGUUCUGUGCAGCCUCACUGCCUCUCGACAGCAACAGGACAACGUCAUGCCUGCCCUGGAACCUCACCCUCCCCAGAAACGCAGACAUCUCCUACGAGCUGCCCGCUGCUUGUGCCUAGGGCUGCCUUCAGAGAGUGCAGGUACACCCAAACCCAAAAAGCAGCCCUAAAACAGCUGCUGCUCUCUGCUCACGGGUGAUACCUUCACCAUCAAACUGGAUGAGUUUUUUCCUUCCUGCAUUAGGGACAAGGUGUCAAGGAAAAGAAGUGUGCGGCAGAUUGGUGAGUAUGAGGCUGGUUACAUCAAGACCUCACAGUUAAAAGACUGGAUUAGGUUUUAUCUUACAUAUUCUGUUGCUGGCUCUGGAAGUGUGAGUCAUCUAAUCUCAAGGCUUGGAUCUGUGUGAAAGAAGACGAUAAUAUCACUCUUUCUGACACCAGGAGUGUUGGGAUGGUUCAUGAUUUAUAUUAAAGUGCCCUGAUAACUUCACGUUAAA